AUGGCAGCGGGAGGGCAGGCGGCGCGGCACCUCGUCCCGCCGCUCCACCCCGCCGCCUGCCACCGCCGCCCGCCGCAGGCUGUGCUGGUGCCCAGCGAGCAGCUGCCAGAGGAUGCGCCCACGAUACGUGGCUACGACUUCAACCAGGGCUGCGACUUGGAUGGCCUGCUGGAGUCGAUGAUGCGCACGGGGCUGCAGGCCACUGCGCUGGGGCAGGCUAUCCAUGAAGUGAACCGCAUGAUCCGCUGGCGCCUGGCCCAGGAGCCGCUGCUGCCGCCAGAGGAGGAGCAGCACGUCGAUCCCGCGGUGCGGGGCGCCACCCGCUGCAAGAUCUUCCUGGGCUACACCAGCAACCUGGUGUCGGCGGGGGUGCGGGAGCACAUACGGUACCUGGUGCAGCACCGUAUGGUGGACGUGCUUGUGACCACCGCCGGCGGCGUGGAGGAGGAUUACAUAAAGUGCAUGGCCCCCACCUACCUGGGCGACUUCCAGCUGCGGGGCGCCGACCUGCGCAAGCGCGGCCUCAACCGCAUCGGCAACAUGCUCGUGCCCAAUUCCAACUACUGCAAGUUUGAGGACUGGGUGAUCCCCAUCUUUGAUGCCAUGCUGGCGGAGCAGCAGAAGGAGGGCACGCUGUGGACGCCCAGCCGGAUGAUUGCGCGGCUGGGCCAGGAGAUCAACCACCCCGACUCAAUCUACUACUGGGCCUGGAAGAACGACAUCCCUGUCUUCUGCCCCGCGCUCACCGACGGCUCCCUGGGCGACAUGCUCUUCUUCCACACCUACAAGAACCCCGGGCUGGUGCUGGACAUUGUGCAGGACAUCCGCCUCAUGAACGACCAGGCCAUGAAGGCGGCGCCGCGCAAGACGGGGGCCAUCAUCCUGGGUGGAGGCGUGCCCAAGCACCACAUCUGCAACGCCAACCUCAUGAAGAACGGCGCCGACUUUGCGGUGUUUGUGAACACGGCGCAGGAGUUUGACGGCAGCGACAGCGGCGCGCGGCCCGACGAGGCCGUGUCGUGGGGCAAGAUCCGGGCGGAUGCAAAGCCGGUGAAGGUGUGUGGCGACGCCAGCAUCCUCUUUCCGCUCAUCAUCUCCCAGACCUUUGCCAGGCACUGGGAGCCCAAGCCGGAGGCGGAGCAGGCGCCAGCCAGCGGCGACGCCCAGGCUGCGGCAUAG